GAAAAAUAAAAUUUUUCACAAGGCAAAAUUUACUCUAAAAAAAGAUUUCGUUUUUUUUUCUUAUUGUUUUUUUCUUUAAUGUUUUUUGUGUUUUUAUCGAAAAAAAAAUAGAAAUUCAAAAUUUUAAAAUUCUCAUUUUGUGAUUAAUUUUCACACAAAAAAUUUUUUAUUUGGAAAGAAAAAAACAAGAAUAGCGGGACAAUCGCGAAUACCCUCUGUGCUCUUUUUUUUCUGUAUAUAUAAAAAAUUCAUAAAUAUAAUUGCAAAAUAGAUAAAAUAAAAAAACGUACGUAAAACAACGUGUGCUCUACGUUUCUUUUUUUUUGUCAAAGAAAAAUAUUUAAUUUUUUUUUAUUAUUAUUUUACAGUGAUAAUAAAUAGUGAUUUAUGAUUAAAAAUUUUUUUGAUUAAAUAAUCAUAACAAAUUAUAUAAAAUUAUUAUUAAUAAAAAGAAAUAUUUAAAAGAAAAAAAAAUAAAAAUAAAUCAUAAAAGUAAAGUGAAACCACAGAAUAAAAAAUUGGAAAAAAAAUAUUUUUAUACAAAAAUCAUAAAAUCAGAUUUAUUGAGUGUAUAACAGAAAAAUUAUUAUAUGUAGAAAUUGAAAAAUUUUUCAAAAAAAAAAAUUUUGAAAUUAUUUUCAUUUAAUUUUAUAAUAAAUUCAAUUAAUAAAAAUUUCAUAAAGCUAAAAAUUUUGACCGAGAGAGAAAAUCACAGUGGUUUUUGUUGCUAGUGUUUUGAUAAUUUUAGUUGCAAAUAAACAAACAAAAAUAAAAAGCGAAAAAUUUAUAUAAAAUUGUUUAUACAACAUACUUGUAUACACAUAAGAGUGUUUAUUAUUAAUAAUUAAAAAUUAAAAGUUUAUUAGAGAUUAAAAUAUUUCAUAAAAUAAAAUAUUUACAAAGAAUUAAAGAAUUUAAUUAAAAAAAAAUUUCAAUCAAGUGAAAAGAAAAAUAUAUUUAAUUAUAAAAAGUUAAUAAAAAAGGAAAUGUCAGAUAGCGAUAUGGUUGGUGAUAAACCCGUUGACAUGGAUACUACCGAAACAAAAAAAGAAACUGAUAUUGUUGAUGAUGACACCACUAAAACUAAAUCAUCAACGGAGACACCAGCGCCAGCUGCUGGUGAAAAUCCAGAUGAUGAUGACGAUGAGUUCGAAUAUGAAACGGAAAUUAAAAGAACUGUUGUUAAAAGGACUAUGAAAAUAACUGAGACUACGUCUACAACGAAAACAACACCACUUUCAAAUGCCCCAAUUGGAAUUGAAAAAUUAUACGGUAAAGAUUUAAGUGAGUACGAUGAAAUCGACGUUGAUACGUUGUUAUCUCAAUUAUCGCCAGAAGAAAUAAAUUUAUUGGCAAAAGAAGUUGAUCCAGAUGAUUCUUUCCUUCCACCAAGUCAAAGAUGCAGCUAUGAAUGUGAAAAAUCAUCUACAGGUCCAUUAAAUCGUAAAAAACUAAUAGAGCAUAUUAACAAACAGGCUAUUGAAGCACCAGAUUUACCAGAAUUUGAACCAUAUGUUAAAGGUACAGUACGUGGUAAGAAAUGGAUACCACCACCACAAUCACAAAGGGAAGCCGAAGCUGAUGAGCAAAUUGCUAUUGACAUGGGUGAAGAAUAUGAACAUGCAUUAUCAAGCGCAUCACAAGAAGAAAUUAUUGACUUAGCAGCUAUUCUUGGUUUCCAUUCAAUGAUGAAUCAAGACCAAUAUCACGCAUCGUUGCUUAAUAAAGGACAACCAGUUGGUCUAGGUUGGGACGGUAUUACAAAAUCAUCAACUCAAAAAGUGUAUCCGAUGGAACCACCUAAUCAAACAGAUGUUGAAGAUUCAAUUAAAAAAGUCAAAGAUGAUGACUCAAAAUUAAUUGAACUUAAUUUAAAUAAUAUUAAAAGCAUUGCAGACGAGAAAUUCGAACAGUUAUUUAAAGCACUGCCCGAAAAUGAGCAUUUGGAAGUUUUAUCAUUAACAAAUGUUGGUUUAACUGAUAGACAUGCUCUUUUAUUGGCCGAAGCUAUCGAAAAAAGUAAAACAUUGAGAGUAUUAAAUGUUGAAACAAAUUUCAUUAGUCCACCAAUGAUUGUUGCAUUGGUCAAAGCAUUAUUGAAGUGCAGAACAGUUGAAGAAUUUAGAGCUACAAAUCAGCGAUCGUCAGUACUUGGCAAUAAAAUUGAAAUGGAAAUAACAGAAUUAGUAGAAAAAAAUAACUCCCUGCUGCGAUUAGGUCUUCAUUUGGAAUAUAACGAUGCCCGUCAUAGAGUUGCUGCCCAUUUACAACGCAAUAUCGACAGGAUCGUACGAGUUGAGAAAUUAAAACCAAAUUUGCCAAAAUUAAUACUACCAGCAAAUAUUGGUGUUGAACCCGAACCAUAUAUGAAUCAAAUAAAAAAUAUUAAACGAAUCACACCAUCACCAACUCCAUCACCAAUACCUCCAGAAGACUAUGAUGUUGAAUUUGAUCCAGACAACGUUGUUGUACGCGGCUCUGGUGGAGAUUAUUGUGAUGAUGAUGAUGAUCCACGUUCAAAUACAAGUCGUUCAGUGACACCAUAUUCAAAUCAACGUGAUGGCAAUGAUAUAAUUAUUGGUGACCCCGUUGGUGAUUUUAGCUUCAAUCCACAUACGAUGUAAAGAUAAACUUCGCUGUAAAUUACAACCCAAUAAAUCAAAUUCGAAUUACACGAAACUUCAUCUCUUAAUAAGUGUAUAGUCUAGUCAUUUAUGCAAAAUCUUAAAUGUAUCUUAUUUUCACAUUAUAUAAAUUAUUAAACAAAUUGCACUACAUUAUCGAAAAUUUUAUAAAAUUAAUGUACAAUUCAAGAGAAAUUUACAAUACGCCUUUCCCGUCUUAACCAGCGUAAAUAAAAAGUGAACAUCAAAAUCACAAAAUAUAAUUUUAUUUAAUAUAAUUAUAUUAAUAUUUAAAAAACAAAACAAAAAUUAUGUAUAUGCAAGAAAAAAAAAAUCUCUCCAAAUAAAUUAUAUGACAAUUGCUACGAAUGUUUUCGAUUAAUCCUCUAAAACCCUGAAACAAUUCUCGACAAAUCAGAAUGGGACAUUUUUCAAGAAAUUAUACAGCUGGAUAUGCUAUGCCAGUAUCAUUUGGCAAUAAACGAGCUUAGAACUGCCAAGCACAUACAAAUAAUAUUCUUUCUUUCUAAUUAAUUAUACAAAACAAAUUAAAAUAGAAAAUA